AUGACGACGCAUGUAUCGGCCGCUCCGGCGCCAUCGACCAACGGUGACGCGCGGGGACCCUUGAGCCAUUCAGCAAUCGAUACCAUGUCAACUCCAGCCCCCGCUGUGAAUCGCAAGAAGCAAAAGCGCCGACAGAAACAAGCCGCUCGCCUAGAUGCUCACUCCCACGGAGAUCCUACUGACGUCGCUGCGGCCGAAGAUCGACAUUCCGACGAUGAUAUUGCGGACCACGAUAGCGCGGACUUUGACCACCAUGAACAAGAUGAUGUCUAUCGAAAUGGAGACCUUGGAUCACACUCGCAUCCUUCAUUGUUGAACGGACCCGAUGAUCAUCACGAACAUUUAACCGACCACAAAUUCAAGAAAAAGAGGAACAAAAAAGGCCGCUCGGAUUCGCACACUCUCGCUGAUGGCAGCUCGACACCUCUCUCUACCCCGUCCGCUUCAUUCUCUCACCCACCACCGUCGCACUCCCUCCCGUAUUCCGCUACCCGUUUCCCCGCCAAGUCCGCCAAAGAGAGCAGUAUCUGGAACCAGUCCUCUUUGGAGGAGCGUGAGAAUAUCCGGACUUUCUGGUUCGAGCUGGGCGAGGAAGAACGCCGUCAGUUGGUGAAGGUGGAGAAGGAUGCCGUGUUGAGGAAGAUGAAAGAGCAACAAAAGCAUUCUUGCAGCUGCACUGUCUGUGGCCGAAAACGCACCGCCAUUGAGGAGGAGCUUGAGGUUUUGUAUGAUGCGUAUUACGAAGAGCUCGAACAAUAUGCCAACAACAACCAAGGCUCCUUCGAUGAAGGCGCCCCUAUCAUCCCCCCGCCUCGAUUGUACCAACCACCCCUACGAUCACCUGGCCAACAUACUCACACCCAUGGCCAAUUCCACCCAUCACGGGGUAGAGUUCAGGAAUUACCCGAAGACGACGACGAUCUUGAGGACGAUUAUGACGAGGAAGAGGAUGAGGAGGAUGAGGAGGAGGAGGAUGAAGACGACGAUGAGCUUUACAGUGAUGACGACGAAUUUGAAGACGAGGAGACUCGUGCAGCCCGUGCGGACUUCUUCGCCUUUGGGAAUAGUUUGACGGUGAAAGAUGGCAUUCUUACUGUGGCAGACGAUCUUCUGAAAAACGAUGGCAAGCAUUUUAUUGACAUGAUGGAGCAGUUGGCCGAGCGUCGAAUGCAGCGUGAAGAAGAUACCCAGUAUAAUAUCGCCGCCGCCCACCAAUCAUUUCAUGCUGGUCAUAACCACGGCCCUCUCGACGAUGAGGACUAUGAUGAUGAAGAGGAUGAAGACUAUGACAGCCAAGAAGAAGAGGAAGAGUUCGACGAAGACGAGAUGGACGCCAUGACCGAAGAGCAGCGCAUGCAAGAAGGGCGACGAAUGUUCCAAAUAUUUGCCGCCCGCAUGUUCGAGCAGCGAGUCAUGACUGCAUAUCGAGAAAAAGUUGCUGAACAACGCCAGAAGCAGCUCAUAGAGGAAUUAUUGGAAGAGGAGAACCGGAAUGAGCAACGGAAUGCUAAGAAAGCACGAGAAGCGCAGAAAAAGAAGGACAAGAAGCGCUUGCAGAAGCAAGCCAAGGAAGAGGAAAAGUCUCGCCGGGAUGCCGAGAAAGCAGCCGAGGAGGCUGCAGCGAAAGCGGCGCAGGAGAAGAAGCUGGAAGAGCAGCGACUGAAGCGUGAAGAACAAAGGAAGAAGCGCGAAGCAGAACGCAAGGCCCAGGAGGAGGAGCGUGCCCGCAAAGAAGCCGAAAAGCAACGUCGCCUAAAGGAAGAUCGAGAACGACAAGCCGAAAUAGAGCGUAAGCAACGCGAGCAGAAGGAGGAGAAAAAGAAGCGCGACGAUGCGAAACGCAAGGAGAGAGAGGAACGAGAAGCCCGAGAGAAGAAGGCCAAGGAGGAUCAGGAGAACAAGACUCGAGAAGAUCAGGCCAGAAGGGACCGCGACCUGGCCGCUAAAGCCGAACAGGAGUCUAGAGAGAGGUUUGGAAAAGCAUUUGUCCAACCCAAAGCUGCAUUACAUGCUGGUUCUAUUCCCCUGAUACCGUCGUCUCUUCCGCUCCAAGCUAUCCCUGGACCUCUUCAGUCGCCGCAUUACUCUGUGGCUUCGCCUGCAGCUCCUAAAGCUUCGACUCCUGCCAGGCCGCGACAACCGUCUCAGCAAGGCUCACACACAUCUUCGCCCCAUUCACAAACCACUUCCUCCGACUUUCCUUUCCAGCCCUCCAUCUCACCACGCUCUUUGGCUCAGUCGUAUUCUGGAGCCCCAGGCAUUGGCGGGAGACCGGGCCACCAGCAGCAUCCGCCUCUACACCAUCCUCAACCUUCCGCACCUUUAUCUCCGCUAGGUCGCAUCAAUCCACCUGGCUUCCCGGGACUGGGUAGCUUACCGUCAAACCCACCUGGUCUACCUGGAAUGGGUGGUCGACCGAUUCCCCCGGACUUGCAAAUGUACCCUCCGAAUUCUGGGAUGAUGAGCCAUCGUGGGUUUGGCGGCCCGGGUGGAAUUCCUGCACCUCCUGGAAUCAAUGGAGUCCGUCCCAUACAUCCAGGUCGCGGGUUCCCGCCUGACCUUGGACAUGGUCUCCCAUUCCCGGGACAUCAUGGGGCGCCUGGCGCAUAUCCUAUGCAGCAACCUGGCUUGGCCAAGUCUCAUUCACGACAACAGUCUGGAUCAUUUGAGCGCUCUCCUUUAGAUUCAGCCGGCCAGCCCUUCCCAAUUUCACGACCAAGUCCGAUCAAGCGUCCUCCAAGCACCGCGCAGGACCACCAUGAUGGUGGACAUGCUUCUUCCCGGCGAGAUGUGGAUGAUUUAAGUACGCAGCUCGGUAGCAGUGCACUUCUCGAUGAUACAGAUGAUCCGUACUCGUCAAAACUCUCCCAGUCGUUGCCUGGUGCUUCUGCGCCAGGACAGUUCCCCCCGCCGUCGAGGGCCAGUUUUCAAGGAUCUUCUUUGUUUGCAGAGCCCCUGGGAGCUAAACAUGCGGCUUUUGCAACUGGUCCUGGUUGGGGUGCUCCUGCACCCUUUGGUUCCGCUUUCCCUGGUGCUUCUACCUGGGGAGUAGCGACUGGGGGGAGUGGCUGGGCUCACAAUCACAAUGCUUUUGCCGCCGGCGGCCAUCAUCGCGUUCACACGACUCGGCCUGUUACAAUCCGCCUUCUUGUGAUUCAAGCAUGCAAGCACCUCAACACGAUAAACCCCCCAACCGGGCUCGGUCAGGUUGGACAAUUGCGCCCAUCUAGCGAGCCCGCAAUUUCACUCGGUGAGAUGCUCGACAUCUGCGACACGGAAGGUAGCCCUCAGAAUGGUGGUGGGUCAUUCUCCAUCAAAGAAGAUAAAAAUGGCCAGUACGUCAAGUUUGAGCCGGAUACCAACAGUGCGAUUGGUGGCCACCGAGGUAGCAUUGUACCAGGUGAUAUCGGCAGCCCAAUCCCUGGAAACAGCAACCCUGCUGCAUUUGGCGGACUUGGCGCGCCCUCUGUAUUCAGACAGUACUCCUCUCCCCCGACUGGACUGUUUGGCGGGACUUCCUAA